UCCAAGAUCAGUCCAAAUCGGUAGAGAAAUUCAAAGAGGGACAAAGAGCAGAAAAAUCAUAGGAAAAUCGGGCAUUGACGUAUAGUUAAACCGACACGCAAUCCCCAAAGACUUCUUCUUCUUCUUCCGCGAAAUUACCCCAAUCUUCCACCCGACGACCCAUUAUCUCACAGUCCCGGGCUUUAUUUAUCCUCCUUGUUCUUCACUAUCUCUCAGAUCAUCUUUCACUUUCCAGUUGUCAAGAUUCUUGCUUGCUCUGUUUUUUGUUCGGAUUUGAGUUUUAAUCUUUCUGGGCCAAGUUGAUAAAGGUUAUGGAGAACAAUCAGCAGUCGUUCUGGCAGUUCAGCGAUCAGCUCCGCCUCCACACGGCCAAUCUGGCCAAUCUCUCCCUCAAUGACUCUAUCUGGGGCAGCAACCACACCUCCAGCAAGAGGCCCGACCAGCGGACCAAUUUCGAUGUCAACAGCUACCUCAACAGCAGCAGCAACACCUCCAACAACCCAUCAAGUGGGGCUCCGCUGAACGGGCUCGGCUACGGUUGGAGGGUCGAAAAAUCCAACCUUGGCAACGAUUUCAAUGAUGGGUUCAGCUACGGGUGGAAGAUGAACGGAGUCAACGAUGUGAACGGAUUCGACGAUGGGUGGAAGGUCAACAGUGGGCCGAUCGGGUCUCCCUCUCCUCAGCAGAACUUUGCCGUUAAUGGAGGGUUCAACAAGGGGCUCUACUCCAAGUCCUAUUUCCCCCACAGCAACGAUGUCAAUCUCAACGUUAAGGGGCACAAGAACAAGGUCGACGAUUUCUAUGGGGCCAAGGUUGGGAAGAAGAACAGCAAUUAUAAGAAGAACAACAGUGGUGAGAACAAUAACAAUGUCGACGACAGGGAGACUAAGGCCGGCACCGACAAGAGGUAUAAGACCCUCCCACCGUCAGAAUCUCUGCCCAAGAACGAGACUGUUGGCGGGUACAUCUUCGUCUGCAACAACGAUACCAUGGAGGAAAACCUCAAGAGAGAGCUCUUCGGUCUACCUCCACGCUACCGCGACUCAGUCAGACAGAUAACACCGGGCUUGCCUCUCUUUCUCUACAACUACUCCACUCACCAACUCCAUGGAAUUUUUGAGGCUGCAAGUUUUGGAGGCUCAAACAUCGACCCAACAGCCUGGGAGGAUAAGAAGUGUCCAGGCGAAUCGCGAUUUCCUGCGCAGGUUCGGGUCAUAACCAGGAAAGUCUGCGAGCCCAUUGAAGAGGAUGCAUUCAGGCCAAUUCUUCACCAUUACGACGGACCCAAAUUCCGCCUCGAACUCAGCGUGCCCGAGGCACUGUCUCUGCUGGAUAUAUUUGCUGACCAAGACUCUAACAUCACAGGCAUACAGACCCCGAUUGAGAAGCUCUAAACGACGGAGCUUUCAUGGAUGAAUGCAUACAGAAAAUUGGCAACCUGAAGUUUUCGUUAAAGUAAAUUCGAACUACAGAUUAAUUAAUUACUGAGAAGAAAAGAGAUGAGAAGGAUGAAGAAGAGAUUGUGAUUAUUUGCUUGUAUAAUUUGCUUUACUCUAUUGAAGAGUAGUACUGUUACAACUGGCUUUGUGCAAUGCUGAUAAUCAGCAAAAUAACAAAGAGAGUCGAGAGAUCAUGACGAUGAUCUUUAGUUAUUAUAUUACUUCCGAGAGCUUGAA